AUGGCCGUCCCAUCAACCCAGUCCGCCCUCGUACAAGAAAUCUACGCCAGCCCCCUCACCCUGAAACGCAUCCCCGUCCCACCCGUUACCCCCGGUAGCGCCCUGAUACGCGUCCUCUGUACCCCGGUUCUCUCCUACGCCCGCGAAGUCUACAAUGGCACCCGUCGGUACCCCUAUACCGUCCCCAUCGUACCCGGGUCAAGUUGCAUUGGGCGCGUCGCCGCCCUCGGCCCGGACUCGACAUCCCUCCAGCCCGGGCAGCUCGUCUGGGUUGACGCGCUUGUGCACUCGCGGGACGACCCGGAUGACAUGGUCUUGCGCGGCUUGGUCGCAGCGGGGACCUCGGGGAGUAAGAAGCUGAUGGACGGCGUGUGGCGCGACGGGACGUGUGCGGAGUACACGCUUGCGCCGCUGGAGAGCGUAUUUAAGUUGGAUGAAGAGCGGCUGACGGAAUUGGGGUAUGCGGACAGCGAUCUUGCUACGCUGACGAGGUACCUUUGUCUUGGGGGGCUGCGGGAUAUCAACCUGCAGGCCGGCGAGACGAUCGUUGUGGCGCCUGCGACGGGGGCGUUUGGCGGGGCGGCGGUGGCGUGCAGUGUGGCGAUAGGUGCGAGUGUGGUUGCCAUGGGGCGGAAUGAGGAUGCGUUGGCUGCGCUGGAAGCGACGUUUCCCAGGGUCAGGACGGUGAAGAUUACGGAGAGCGUUGAGGAUGACGUAGUUGCGCUGAAGGCUGCGGCUGGUGGACGACUCAUCGAUGCGGUAUUUGAGAUUUCUCCUCCGCAGGCUGCGAAGUCGACGCACAUCAAGAGCUGUAUUCUUGCGCUGAAGAGAGGGGGAAGGGUGAGUUUGAUGGGUGGGAUCCAGGACGACUAUCCGAUACCGGUGCGGGAGGUUAUGCGGAAGAACUUGACGUUGAGGGGGACGUGGAUGUAUAAUCGGGAACAGGUACUUGCGCUGAUCAAGAUGGUGGAGACUGGGAUAUUGAAGCUGGGGAAGCAGGGUGGUAAGAAGGAUAUCUCCGUGUUCGGGUUUGCGGAGUGGGAGAAGGCGUUCAACUAUGCGUCUGACAACGCGGGAUGGGCAACGACAGUCUUGCUGAGGCCGUGA